AUAUGCGUGGGAUUGCGCAGAUCGCUGACAAACCAAGCUACGUACACAACGCAGAGCCCUGAAUCAGCUGUCAGACGGUGUCGGCGUACGGGCGCUGCACCAACUCUUGCCCGCGCCCACAGACUCGCAGAUUCGGGGAUACAUAUCACCAGGGAUCAAGGGCACGAAAUCAGACGUUUGAUCGCGAAGGAACUUGUAAAUACCAUGAAUUAGCACAAGCCUCAAACCUAUUUCCACAAACGGUAAACCGCUUCAAAUCGGCAACCUUUCGGAGUUAGUUGACAUAUACAUCUCUCAGUUGACGUUGGACGGUGUAGCUCUCCGUCAGAUGUUGUUGUUCUUGUUUAUAAACUCUUAGACGCUGACGGACUACCAAGGUUGUGCCGUGAUAACGCACAAAUGACUGUUUGUGACUGAGAUAAACAAAGCUGUUGUUUUUUGCCUAGCUACGCUUAUGUCAAGCAAACUACUGUCGCUACCACUAUCUUAAGGUAUUUUACAUAUGUACCAAUUGUGCCAGCGGUCGGGGGACGCUUUUGGUGUUUUUGCUUCUAUUCAUUUAUGAACAUUAUAGUACGUCUCGUAGUUCUAAGAUAGUCCUGAUUGUACCUCUACCUGGCCUUAGAGACCCCGGGCUCGAUUUGCCAUUCUGAUUUGUGAGAACAAGCUUCGCUGUCGUGUGUGCUUGGGUUUUUCUAGUCAUUGACAGGCUGCAUUGCUGAAGCGGUGUUGUCGCAAAACCAGAGCCCUCUUCUAUCAUCUCGUUUUGUCUGGGAGUAAAGGGGUUCUCGGGAAACAGAUAGACACAUUUUGCAAAGUUAGUUUUACGCGGAUUAUCUCUUUGUGAGUUAGCUACUAGGAAAUGUAAAGCUUGCGAAGUAAGCUUGAAUUUUAAAGUUUGGGAGUGAGUUUUUAAACUUACUAGCCACCUAGCUUACAAGCCAUGACUUUUUCCACUGACGGUUGAAAACUUUAGCCAGACUGCUAGCAAAAGCUAGCAAAAACGACACGUAUCCAGGGAUCUCCAAUGGGCCAUACGACCUUUUAAUUUCUGGAAGAAAAACUGUUUUACACAAACGGAACGGACAGUAAUGACCGAUGUGUAUUAAUAUUUGAGCGGAUUUCUGAGCCCAUUCCCCUCUUGAGAAACUCUGAAAAUGUCAACGCGAGCAACCAGUGUUACCCGAGGCUACGCGGUCAGCGACGAGUCCCAUGCGGACUCCAAGGGAAGUUCCAACUCGUCCCGGAACAGGAAGUCCAUGUCGACCCCGGCGGACGACCAGCCCCAGGUGGGGAACUACCGCCUCUUCAAGACCAUCGGCAAGGGCAACUUCGCCAAGGUCAAACUGGCCCGACACACACUUACAGGGAAAGAGGUGGCUGUGAAGAUCAUAGAUAAGACCCAGCUCAACUCUUCUAGCCUGCAAAAGCUUUUCCGAGAGGUGCGGAUUAUGAAGCAGCUGAAUCACCCGAACAUCGUGAAACUGUUUGAGGUGAUCGAGACGGAGAAGACGCUGUACCUGAUUAUGGAGUACGCCAGUGGAGGAGAAGUGUUCGAUUUCCUUGUUGCCCACGGAAGAAUGAAAGAAAAAGAGGCUCGUGUCAAGUUUCGACAGAUAAUCUCAGCCGUGCAGUACUGCCACCAGAAGUGCAUUGUGCACAGAGACCUGAAGGCUGAGAACCUGCUGCUGGACGCUGACAUGAACAUCAAGAUCGCAGACUUCGGCUUCAGCAACAAGUUCACCAUGGGCAGCAAGCUGGACACCUUCUGCGGGUCUCCUCCCUACGCCGCCCCGGAGCUCUUCCAGGGCAAGAAGUACGACGGCCCCGAGGUGGACGUCUGGAGCCUGGGGGUCAUCCUCUACACGCUCGUCAGCGGCUCACUGCCCUUCGACGGGCAGAACCUCAAGGAGCUGCGUGAGAGGGUUCUACGAGGAAAGUACCGGAUCCCGUUCUACAUGUCCACAGACUGUGAGAGCCUGCUGAAGAAGUUCCUCAUUCUCAACCCGACCAAAAGAGGCAGCUUGGAGCAGAUCAUGAGGGACCGCUGGAUGAAUGUGGGUCAUGACGAGGAGGAGCUCAAGCCCUUCCUGGAGCCGCAGCCUGACUACAAAGACCCCAGGAGGACAGGUCAGCACCGCCACGAGAUGAUGAUAAAGAUGGGUUUCGCCUCAGAGGUCAUCCAGGACUCCCUCAUCAACCAAAAAUACAAUGAUGUGAUGGCCACAUAUCUGUUACUGGACUAUAUCUCUAACUCAGACGAUGAGACCAUCAAUCUCUCCCUCAAGCCCCACCCAGGAAAUGACCUCACCAUCAGUAACAGCCAAUCCCCCUCUCACAAGAUGCAGCGCAGUACCUCAUCCAAGCCCAAUGCUCGCCGCUCUGACCAAGGCUCCUCGUCCUCUCCUAAGCAUCCCCAGGGCGACGGGAAGCACAUCACUGAGGAUUAUGGGAGGAAAACUGGCAGCUCCACUAAAGUGCCGGCCAGCCCCCUGGCCAUGAGCGAGCGUAGGAGAACCCCCACGCCCUCCUCCAACAGCAUCUCUACUGGUACGAGUCGCAACCCCAACUCUCCCCAUUCUAACAGGGCCACUCUCGGGAUCCACAACGGCAAAGACAGCCUGAGCACCCCAGGGUCCCGCGCCUCCACAGCCUCCGCGGCCGCCGUCCUCUCCUCCUCCUCCUCCUGCACCUCCUCGUCCCGCCCCAGACACAACAAGUCCCUGUCCACCACCGCCCACCCUAGUCCCCCAGACACGCACGCAACGCAGCCCAGUAACACAACCCCCCAGAGAAUGUCAGUGGCGUCUCCCUCCGCCCACAACAUUCACAGCAGCUCUUCGGCAAUGGAUAGUACCAACUUCCCCCGGGGGGUGACCAGCCGCAGCACUUUUCAUGCCGGCCAGAAGAGGGCGACGCGGGACCAGCACCCGGCAGCCUACGCGGGCACCCAGGGCUCCCCCUCGCUUCUGCAGGGCCACCACCAGUCCCGCGGAGGACGCCCGGCCAACUCCGGCAUCUUCAGCAAGUUCACCAACAAGUUUGUGCGCAGAAAUCUCUCAUUCAGGUUCUCCAGAAGGAACCCCUAUGAGGGCGAGGGGCGAGAUGAGGCCUGCAGACCCAUGCUACCCAGUACUGCGGAUAAGAUCGAGAAGGGUGGCACCUUGGGCUCGGCGGGCGAUGAGAACAGGGACACGCUGUCGCCCACGCCUGGCUCCGGUCUGUCGGCGGCCAAGGACAAGCCCCGCGCGCUACGCUUCACCUGGAACAUGAAGACCACGUCGUCCAUGGAGCCCUCGGAGAUGAUGAAGGAGAUCCGGAAGGUUCUGGACGCCAACAGCUGCGACUACGAGGCGCGCGAGCGCUUCCUGUUGCAGUGCAUCAGCGGCAACCCGCUGCGCGACGACUUCGUCCAGUGGGAGAUGGAGGUGUGCAAGUUGCCCCGCCUCUCUCUCAACGGCGUGCGCUUCAAACGCAUCGCCGGCACCUCCAUCGCCUUCAAGAACAUCGCCUCCAAGCUUGCCAACGACAUGAAGCUGUGAGGGAAGGCAAGAGGGGGAGCAGGGGGGACAUAACCCCCCUAAAGGUUUUUUGCUUUUUUUCUCCGAAGAAGAGGAAUCGAUGGGGAGAAGAGAAACAGGGUAGACCUGAAGAGGACAGAAGGUGAGGCAGGUGGAACUUUGGUAUGUCAUCGUCAUCAGAAGUAGGAGGUGUUUGAAAGAAGUGCACUGCUGGAGAAUGGACAGGAACUUGAAAGACGAUGCUGGGUGAGGUUGUGUGUGUGUAUGUGUGUGUGUGUGUGUGUGUGUGUGUAUAGACAUUUUUAAAUGAUCUUUCUUUCUUCCUUGGGAAGGUGUUCUGUUUCUCUCUUCCCUUGUUUCUUUCUGUCUCCCCCUGCCUGUUCUUUUUUGUGUUCACCCCUUCAGUUUUGUUUAUGGCAGUUUUGGUUCACUCAUUUUUUUGUUGGACUUCACGGUAAUUCUCUAUUUAGAGAAAGUACAGUGCUGAUUCUUGUUUCCGUACUACGUCUUCUGAGACACACAAAAACUGGAACUUUUGUCAAAAAGUGCUGUCUGUUUUUUUUUUUAAUCAAAAAACAAAACAUUACAACAGCUCAUCACAGCAUGUGCUGCCACUCAACCAAUCACCUGCACCACUGUGUCUCCACCCUUUUACCCGCCGUAGUAGCGGAGAAACUCCGUCUUACUUGAGCAACUUCACUUCUCACUCCCCACGUCUGUGAGGCCUCUGUCACAGAAUCCAAUCUGCAGUCUGACUGACACCCUGAAUGUAGAUGCCCUGUCAUGGACGACACCAGACAAACAGGCUGGACAAUUUCUCUCACAGAGCUGUGUUUUUUUUUUGUUUUUUUUUAAAGCAUAUCACGCUUCCACUGGUUCUUUAUCCGACCAAUGGUAGCACACAGUAGCUGAUCCUGUUUGCUGAUUGGUGGAGCCACCUCUCAUGUCUCCUCCUCACCGGCCCCGUCUCGCCUGAGAGACACAAGACUAUGUGAGCGCCACUCUGUAACGCUCACAGCUGGACGACUCCUUACCUAAACCAGUUUGUUUAGUUUCAUUUUGUUGUCGUUCUCUCUCUUUAUUUUCUCUCCUUUUUUUUUUCCUACAGCAGGGGUCAUUUAUCUGAGAUACUAAUUAAGGGCCAAUUGAUUAAUUAUUGGUGAAUUUUAAUGUAAUUACGAGUUGCUGGGUGGAGUUAACGUGCUGCACUGGAGUGAGUUUUGUUGCCUUUCUCUGGAGAAAAUGAUGAUUAUUAUCAUUACUAUUAAGAUUAUUAUUAUAUGAAUAAAUUCGUUUGAAUGAG